CGGAGCGGAGAGCCAAUGGCGGCGUGGGAAGGCGUGUCCUACUUCGGGAGGCACCGCCCCUCCGUUGCCUUCCCUCGGUCCGCCUGUCAGUCAUUGAGUCGGCCGGCCGGUUUUUCUUGCUGCGGUUCCCGUUGUCUCUCCCGCCAUCCUUGCUUCCCUCAUGCAGCUCGCCAGGGGCCCCGCCAGCUGGGAAGCCGCCGCCGCCUCGCCAAUCUCCGGCCCGGCCGCCAUCCAGAUCAGCAGGAUUAUGCGCCCUGAUGAUGCCAACAUUGCUGGGAACGUCCAUGGAGGGACCAUAUUAAAAAUGAUUGAGGAGGCAGGUGCCAUCAUCAGCACUCGGCACUGCAACUCUCAGUCUGGGGAGCGAUGCGUGGCCGCCCUGGCCCGCGUGGAGCGCACAGACUUCCUUUCCCCCAUGUGCAUCGGAGAAGUGGCUCACGUCAGUGCUGAGAUCACCUACACAUCCAAGCACUCUGUAGAAGUCCAGGUGCAUGUGGAGUCGGAAAACAUUCUCACAGGUGCCAAGCGGGUGACCAACAAGGCAACUCUGUGGUAUGUGCCCCUCUCUCUUAACAACGUGAACAAAGUAUUGGAAGUCCCUCCUAUUCAGUUUGCAGAGAAGGCGCAAGAGGAGGAAGGGAGAAGGCGCUACGAAGAGCAGAAGCUGGAACGUUUGGAAACGAAGGAGAGGAAUGGGGACGUCAUCAUGCCAGUGAUUAAUCCAGAUAGACAAAGAAAAGAGCCAUAUACUGUUGGCUACAGCCAGUCCAGCUUGAUCCACCUGGUGGGACCAUCUGACUGCACCAUGCAUGGAUUUGUGCACGGAGGUGUUACUAUGAAGCUGAUGGAUGAGGUAGCUGGGAUCGUCGCUGCUCGCCAUUGCAAGACCAACAUAGUCACUGCAUCCGUGGAUGCCAUCAAUUUCCAUGAAAAGAUUAAAAAAGGCAGUGUGAUCACAAUUUCUGGGCGCAUGACCUUCACGAGCAAUAAGUCCAUGGAGAUCGAGGUCUUUGUGGAUGCUGACCCCUUUGUGGACGAGUCUCAGGAGCGGUAUCGGGCUGUCAGUGCAUUCUUCACCUAUGUGUCCCUAAGCAAGGAGGGGAGGCCGCUCCCUGUCCCACAGCUGGUGGUAGAAACAGAAGAUGAGAAGAGGCGUUUCGAGGAGGGGAAAGGCCGCUACCUCCAGACCAAAGCCAAGCGCCAGGCACAGACCCAGCCGCUCACUCAGCAAUGACCGAUCUCAGCCGGAGCCCCUUCCGGGAGGAGAGAGCCACCAUCAGCACAUCCACUCAGAAAUCUUCACUUUGGGCAUUUCAAUAGCAGAACCUGACCGGUAGCACAUAGAGCCCUCAUGGCACCCCAGAGAAAGCCACCAUUCUGUUAUAUCUGUACUUGUCGUAGAUAGUCCAACUGGCACAUUAGGAGCCAUGCUAGGCGGCCAGGGAUGCCCUUGGAAAGGUGGGGUGGGGGGCUUCGGGACAAGGGAUUGGGGGUGGUAAUCCUGCUUGGGGAGUUAUGGAGCUUCAUUAUUUUGAAGGCUGCUCCACCUAGGAGGGCUACUGUAUGUUAACAAGGUUUUAUUUUUUGCGGGGAUGGGGUGGGGUUUGCCUUGAAAAAUCCUGGCCAGCCUCCCCUAGCCUAAUGCCCUCCAGAUGUCUUGGGCUUCCAAGACUGAUGGAGCUUGUAGUCCAAAAUAUCUGGAGGACACCAGGAUUGUUGGGCAGGCUACCCUUGUUACAUGCAGACAAACUGAACACCUGGCUGGGGCAACACAAGGACAACGUCGUUGCACUUACGGGGGCUGCUCUCCUCACCCCCAAAAAAGGCACUAGCAUUCUCUCGGAAGAAUGAUGGGGCCAUUAGCACAUAUAUUUUUUCCAGGGCCUUGUGUCUUUGUUAUGCUCUUGUUUCACACCCUUCCCUUCCUCUCAGCAAACACCAAAAGCUGCUUCAUGACAGUCACAAGCCUAAAAAACAACGCUGUUCUCUGUACUAUUAUCUGGCAGUCUCUCUUCGUCCUGUUCCAUUCCUCUUGACUAUACAUAUGUAUAUGUAUGCCUAAUUUAUUUAAUGACUAUUGUGAAUAAAGACUCUAUGCCUUUA